CCAAAUUCUGGAUUGCAUCAACAUUUUCUGUAGGAUAAGAAGCUGUUAAUGUCUAUUUUUUGGAAUGUAAUUAAAGAAAGACCUUCAGGCCAUGUUGUGCCCUGUUUGUGCAAAGUUCCAAUAACGCGUGCAUCCCUUGACUCCUGCGGCGCGUUGUUUUUCGACUCUCGUGGUGAUAUGUUCUCCUCCCGCGCGUGGAAACAGGAGGACAGUCAGUCAGAAUCUCUCCUCCCACUCCACAUCAUAUUCCUUCAUUCUCCGCUCAUUUUCUUUCUCCGUCUCUGAGCCCAAAUGUCUCCUGCUUUCACCAGAAACUCCCCUCAGGACUGACUUGAACCAGUUCCUCGACGCAGAGCGUUUAUUUACUCCGUUCAUUUUGCGUUGCAGAAACAUGUCAAGCCGGGUCAGCGUUGCGAUUUUGCGGUUCAACUGUGUUUUCUUUCUGGCUGCGAGCCACGUCAAGAGCUCUGAACCGGAUUACCUCUUUCCAGACACAGAACAAGAGCUCUUCAUCAAGCAGCACGCGGAGUUUUAUGUGGAUCAUCCUGAAAAAGUGGACGGAGAUGGGAAUUUCAUCUCCUACUCUUUAUCACAUCACUUCUCUGACAGGCGUCAUAAGAGGGACCUGAUUUCAGCAGAGAGGCGAGUGUAUUACAAACUCAACUACAAAGGUCAGGAGUUCACUCUCAGUCUAACCACUAAUGACAAUCUGCUCUCCAAUGAAUAUGUGUUGGAGAAACACAACGGGAGUUUCACAGAAAAGCAGUCGCACACAUCUGGGAGCGGCGGCUGCCACCUCAUUGGCACAGUGACUGAUGGUUACGUGCAGGGAACCGCUGCAGUCAGCACCUGUGAGGGACUGACAGGGCUGUUAAAUUUACCACAGGGGGCGCUAUUGAUCGAGCCGGUCCGUGGCCACACCCCAAAUGUCACUCAUCCAGGACACCCACAUGUGAUCUACUGGAGUUCAACCUGGAGUGGACUCAGAUGGCGACGUAGCACUGAUCCACACAGCGUUCAUCAUAGUCCCUGUGGGGUCAAAGAUGGUUCUGAGUUUUCCCAACAGGUGGAGCAGGAGAGAGAGCACUGGGAGCAGGAGCAGCGCCAGCAGGGUGGGGAUCGUAAUCAUGAUCCGGGUGAAGAGUGGACACGACCCCGGAGGAUCUCCCCUCGCUCCAUCAGCAAAGAGCGCUGGGUGGAGGCCAUGGUGGUGGGCGACUCCAAACUCGUGGACUACCACGGAAGUGGAAACGUUGAGUCCUACAUCUUUACCAUCAUGAACAUGGUGGCUGGAAUUUUUCACGAUGCAAGCAUCGGUAAUGCUAUCCACAUCGUAUUGGUCCGGCUCAUUCUGCUGCACGGAGAGGAGAAAGGCCUGAAGAUCAUUCACCACGCUGAUACGACUCUCAACAGCUUCUGUACCUGGCAAAAAAACCUCAAUCCUCAAAGUGACACUCAUCCUGCACACCAUGACGUUGCUAUACUCAUCACACGGAAGGAUAUCUGCGCAGGCAUGAAUCAGCCGUGUGAGACGCUGGGCUUGUCUCACCUGUCAGGCAUGUGCCAGUCACAUCGCUCCUGUAAUAUCAACGAGGACUCAGGGCUACCUGUCGCUUUCACCAUUGCUCAUGAACUUGGACACAGUUUUGGAAUCCAUCAUGACGGUCAAGGGAAUGACUGUGAGUUAGUCGGGAGGCAUCCCUUCAUCAUGUCCCGUCAGCUCCACUACGACUCGUCUCCUCUCACCUGGUCGUCCUGCAGCAAGGAGUACAUCACACGCUUUCUGGAUCGUGGUUGGGGCUUCUGUCUGGAUGACCGGCCAUCUAAGAGGGACCUCAGCUCCCCGAUGGCGGUGCCAGGAGUGCGAUACACCCCCCAGCACCAGUGCCAGCUGCAGUACGGACCCAACGCCACCAUCUGCUCAGAAGUGGAAAAUGUGUGUCAGAUUCUGUGGUGCUCUGUAAAUGGAUCAUGCCGCUCCAAACUGGACUCGCCGAUAGAUGGAACCAGGUGUGGGCCUGAGAAGUGGUGUAUCUCUGGUGAGUGUGUGAUCGUAGGGAAGUUACCGGAAACAGUGCAUGGAGGCUGGGGUCCCUGGAGCACCUGGUCUCACUGCUCUCGCACCUGUGGAGCCGGAGUCCAGUCAGCAGACAGGGAAUGCAACCAGCCCAAACCUGAGUUUGGAGGCAAAUAUUGUACAGGCGAGCGGAAGCGCUACAGAGUUUGCAACACAAAACCUUGCGCCAGAAAACAUCCCUCCUUCAGAGAGAUGCAGUGCAGUGAAUUUAACACUGUGCCGUACCACAAUGAACUCUACGAGUGGAUACCUGUUUCAAGCUCAUCUCGUCCAUGCGAGCUGCACUGCAGGCCUGUGGAUGAGAACUUUUCUGAGAAGAUGUUGGAUGCGGUUACAGAUGGAACGCCCUGCUUUGUGAACAACAGCAGAAACAUCUGUGUCAAUGGUGUGUGCAAGGAGGUGGGUUGUGAUUUUGGCAUUAAUUCUAAUGCUAAAGAGGACGGCUGUGGUGUUUGUCUCGGUGAUGGAUCCACUUGUGAGACGGUGAAGGAGAACUUUGUGGCGCAAGAUGGAUUUGGUUACACAGACCUGGUUUUGAUCCCAGAGGGAGCUCGGGAUAUCUUCAUACAGGAAGUGGAAGAGGCUGGGAAUUUCCUUGCGAUCCGAGCGGCUGAUUCAGAUGAGUAUUACCUCAACGGAAAUUACAUAAUUCAGUGGAACGGAGAGUACGAGGCAGGUGGAACCAAGUUUUACUACGAUCGGACGGGUAAUAUGGAGAAUCUCACCUCAGCAGGACCAACAACUGAAGCUGUCAUGAUCCAGCUGUUGUUCCAAGAAGCAAACCCUGGGGUCAAAUAUGAGUACACCAUUAAGAGAAGUCGCCUGCUUGGGAACGAAAUUCUGCAACCAGAGUACAUUUGGAGAUAUGGAGCCUGGACUGACUGCAGCACCACCUGUGGGCUUGGUGAGCAGCAUCAGCCUGUGCGCUGUUUUGAGCCAGAGGUUGGUGUGGUCGAGGAAAUGCUGUGUGACCCCAACACACGUCCUGAUGACAGGCAUCGCAAGUGCAAGAACAUGGACUGCCCUGCAAGGUGGUGGGUGGGAGGAUGGCAGACAUGCUCGUCUACAUGCGGUCCAGACGGAGUGAGAAAGCGCACCAUUCUGUGUGUGCGUACGGUGGCCGGAGAGGAGCGGGUUCUGCACCCUGGAGACUGUAAGCAGCUGCUCAAACCCAAACCUGUGGUACCCUGCAACCGAGACGUAACGUGUGGGUUCGAAUGGACUGUGGGGAACUGGAGCGAGUGCUCUCUGUCUUGCGAUGGAGGGAUAAAGUCCAGAGUCGUCAAGUGUGUGGCAAAACAACCUGGCCGAUGCAACCCUGCCAGUCGACCUCGUUCCACGAUCCUCUGUAACCUCCAGAGCUGCUCGUCCACUAACAAAUGGACGGGUUCUCCAUUCCGACCGCGAUUCCGACCUAGAGUCCCUCCUAAAAUCCCCACGCAGGCCCCCAGGACCCAGACACCAGGAUAUAGCACCACUAUUGUGUCCCCAAACACCAAUACAACCAACACCUCUCCAGCAUCCACAACAUCUGACAUAAUCCAUGAAGACGACCAAGACUUUAUCUUGGUGAGGGACGAUCGCAAAGGCAGUGAUGGUCCUGUAACGGUUCUCACAAAUACUGAGGAUGAGGAGGGAAGUGCAGAUCUGCGGCCCACAGAUAAAAACUACACGCCAGGUUAUGAUUAUAUAGUAGACGAUUCAACUGGUGAAGAAAGGGCACAUGAGAAUAAUAUGUUCACCAGCACACCUGAAGAAUUACCCACAUCCACUGUUCAAUCACUGAAUACUAACCUCUCCACGACAAAACCAGACACUACUAGAAGAACCCAAUACAGUGAUUAUUUGACAACAACCCCAGUGUUGCAGAAAACAACAAGCUCACAUGAACCAUAUACCACACCAAACCCAACAGUUCCACAAGCAACUGUUCCUACAGUGAAGAUACUGAGAAAAGCCUCACAAACACCAAACAGUCAGAGCAAAGGCAAUGCUCCUAAAGCAGUCAGGCAGAAGCCAGAGACGGCGACCAUCACUGAUGACUAUGGAAACCUGAAUGCACGAGAUCCCAUCAGCAGGAAUGCAUUUUGGAAAGUGGGCAACUGGAGUGAUUGCUCCACUACGUGUGGUCUUGGUGCGGUGUGGCGGUCAGUAGCCUGCAGCUCAGAGCGUGAGGAAGAUUGUGCCAGUGUGAAGAAGCCAGAACCUGCCCGCAGAUGCAACCUGCGACCCUGUGCCACCUGGAAGAGUGGAAACUGGUCUGAGUGUCCUGAAGGCUGUGUGACUGAUAUGAAGCAUCGAGAAGUGCAGUGCAUCAACACUCAGAGCAGACGUCCACUGAGGCCUUUUCACUGUCAGGCUCUUUCAUACAAACCACAGAGCAGUUUGCCCUGCAGCACCCGGCCCUGCCUGCAGUGGAAGUCCUCACCCUGGGCAGAGUGCUCUAAAAGCUGUGGGCACGGAGUGAAGGAGAGACGUGUGUACUGCCCUGAGUACCAGCGCUGCAACGUCACGCUCAAACCCAACAACACUGAGUCUUGCAACCUGCAGCCCUGCACCAGCUGGGCCACUGAAGCCUGGGGUCAGUGCUCCAGAAGCUGUGGUGGAGGGGUGCAGAAGCGAGCCGUGUGGUGCAUAAAUGAGGAAUCCGGCGAGGAAGAAAAGGUGUCACUGUGUGCAAAAAACAGUAAACCUGACAGUGUGCAGAACUGCAACCCAGAGGAGUGUAAAACUGAUUUAGGUCUAGUUUGUAAGAAAAACAGCAUGUCGACACGUUUCUGUGAGAAACUCAAGCUGCUGGGUCGCUGCUCGCUGCGCUCGAUCCGCAAGCAGUGUUGUGUCACUUGCAUGAUGUAACACCACAGAGGUCAGGUUUGGGUCAUCGACCAAAAGCACAAACUACUGGACACAAAGACGACCCUCUCAAAUAUAGAAAAAUAUGUGGUUUUUACUUGAACAAAGGAAUUCUAGACAUUUGACUCCAUUUUUCUUAAAAUGCACCUUGAAAUGCUUCCAAAAACAUCAAGAUUUAGUUACAGGAUUCAACAUCAGUUAACAUAUAUGUUAGUUUUUGCACUCGUUUUGUAGUUUUUAUUUUUGUUUUUCUUCUUUUUAACCCGAAAAGGUGUGUUUUGACUGGUUCACCAGUCAAGAACAGGUUAAAGACGCACCAAGACACCUAUCUUUACAGACCCACUUUUUAAAAUCUUAGAUCAGUUGGAAACUGGCAUGAAACAAGCAAAAGUUUUUGCACUUACAGGCUGAUAGUCAGGUUAUUCAUUAUAAACUGUCGUUGUUAUUAUCUGAAGUGUCAUGUGACCACUGUCUGAUGAACAUUACGCAACUCUUUCACAGUCAAAAUGUGCAGUUCUUACAUUAGUAUAGUUUUACUAACUUAUUUUGCACAAAGCUUAGGUUAACUCAGUAUUUGUGGAUAUGUGUGCAAAAUGAUUAACUAAUUAGCCCAAGUUGUUACUAGAUAGUAUAUUAAUAGGCUGCAUGAAAAAAUGUUACAGUCUCAGGUUGUUUUUGUUUUAUUUCAUUUGCUAUGAAAGAUACUUUUAAUUUGCAUAGACAAAGAAAAUAACAACACUAACAUUUCAACAUAACUUAAGAAUAAAUUUUCUCCACAUUUUUUUUUUUUUUGAUUAUUAGUUUUAAUUCAGUGGAUACUGUCAUUUAAAAAAAAAUGACCUGAAAAAGAAUCUAUGUCCUGCUAUAAACAUAUGAUGACUAAGAUUAAUCUUUAUAAAUGUAGAGAAAAUUAAAAAGGAAAUGACUGUAAAGUAAGAAAAAUACGAAAAGGAAAUUACUGAGAUGGAGAAAUGGUACUUUAUAAACUAAAUAGUGUUCUUGUCAUUCCAUUAAUCAUAUUUAGUGUUGUGAUAAAAAUGCAGGUAUGAAUAUUUCAGUUACAAAAAAAAUCCGAAGCAUCAAAAUUUUUGACCUUACAAAAGAUUUAGUCUACUUUAGUUUCCAUUUAAAUUAUUGUUAUUUUAAUAAAAAUUGCAUUUCUUAAUACUUAACAAAUAAUAACCAUAAAUAGUUUUUGAAUGAAUCUUUACACAGGAUCUUAGAUAUUUUUUACUUUAACAUUACUCACCCUUAGGCCAUCAAAGAUGAGUUACUUCAUUAGAAAAGAUUUUCCUAUUUUUAUUUUAUUUUUUAACUGGAGGAAGCAAUAUUAUGAAUAGAAUAGCAAUAUUAUGAAUAUGAACUCUUAUUUUGUCCAGAAGCGAUGGUUUAAUGUUAAAACUCUAUGGACUUUUUUCUUACAAAACCUAACUUUUCAGUUCUCAAAAUGUUAUGUGAUGGACUGGAGUGGUGUGGAUUACUUGUGGAUUAUUGUGAUGUUUUUAUCAGCUGUUUAUGCUCUCAUUCUGAUGGCUCCCAUUCACUGCAAGGGAACCAUUGGUGAGCAAGUGAUAAAAUGCUAAAUUUCUCCAAAUCUGUUCUGAUGAAGAAACAAACUCGUCUACAUCUUGAAUAGCCUGAGGCAAAUACAUUUACAGCAAAAUAUUAAUUUUUGUGUGAACUGUUCCUUUAUCUGCACUGUGUUUGUAGCUCUAUUUGCCAGAGGCAGUGCUGAAAGAACUAGUGGAAAACUCCCCGUGCUCACGUUUGACCGAGAAUCGAAUGACAAAGUUGUCACCUCAUGAUUACCCCUUAUCACGUCACCUCAAUCUCUUUCUCAUUCUAACGAUAUUUUUAACGUAACGUAAUGAUAUUUUGUGCAGCUUGCUGCUGAAGAGAUCUUCAGGAUAUAUCGCAAGCUGUUUCAUUUUGAUUACAUCGCUUUAGUAUUCUGAUUGUUGGAUUUGCAUCUUGCAGCACAUAGCGAUCGUGAGAUAUGGAUUGCAUCAAGCAAAAGGGCUACAAUCUGCUGGAUGUUGGCAAAGUUGAAUGCUUCUGUGAUGAUUUACACUCGGAAAACCCUGGCUGCCUCGGCUGAGAGCAUAUACGUGUCUGAGCGCAGCGUGAAUCAGCACUCUGGCAGUGUGAUGGUGUCUGAGAAUCAGGUGGGUCAUCUUCAGCUGUUGCAUCCCUGGAAGGAACUUUAAAAGCAAUGCUGGCCCACAUCAAUCUAGAUCCCCCUCAACCAGUGGGUUCUGAGAAUAUUUUUCUGAGUGCACAGAGAACAUAAUUUACAAUGCCAACUUUGCAUCUGUAUUGGUGACUGCAUUACAAAAUUCAAUGAAGGCUACACGUCCAGAUCAGUUAGCCCACACACUGGCUGUAAUGCAAGACCCAGAGACAGUAGGACAUGAUAGCAUGCCACCUAUAGAAUCUAGUGUGGCAGCGCUUAUUGUAUCUCCCAAUGAGGCACUUUGUGAGAAUGUACGCUGCCCCAAUGCUGAGUGUAUGCACACUGAUGAGUUACUGUCUCGUGCACAAAUGCUACAGCAAGCCGUGGCUGUGUUUCUAAUUCUUUGGCGCAUAUGCUUGUGGCUCUACAAUCCUCUCUGAGAGAAACUUUAUCUGACCCAUUAGUGACAGACUUGACUGAUUUAUAUUGCAGACUGUGGGUGUUAUUGCCAGUCACCGUGGAACAGCCUUAGGUACUCUUGUGCAAGCUCGACAGCAAGUUAGGUUGGCCCAGUCCUCCUUGCCGGAGGUUAUGUAGGAAUCAUUUUUGGACAUUGGUGUUGGCACCUGGACUAAUUUUUGGACCAGCUGCACAGGAAGCCUUCCACCAUCGGAACUCUCAGACUACUCCAACACCACCUGCUCCACCUCCCAGACAUGGUGGGACUUAACCAUCAGUCUCACAUCCAACCCCCAGAUCCCCAACGUAACCCCCCCGCCUCUACAUGUAAGCGUUUUGUGGGAGCAUGGACGAUCACAUGUCGACAUUGGGCUGUUUCAUGGAAAGUCAAUUGAUUCAUUGGAGAUCAAUAACAACAAUGGGUCUUGACUACGCUUUCAAGAGUGUACCAUAUACAGUUUCGCUGUCUAACUCCUGUUCACAUCGGUGUGAAACAGACAAUAGUUCAUGAUACACGUCAGGCACUUGCGCACAAAGUUCUGGUUUUGUAGCACAAAGGUACCAUAAAAUACACUGAUGCCCAAGUUCAUCCCGGAGGAUUUUUUUCCAUAUAUUUUCUGGUCAAAAAGAAUAGGGUUUCUCCCUAUCUUGGAUAUAAGAAACUUAAACCGUUUUCUCAAGUUUUUCCUGUUCAGAAUGUGUUGCAGGCCAUAAUGCUGCAAGAUUGGUUUGGACAAUAGACUUGUAAGCAAACUUAUUUUCAUAUUCAUAUUGCACCAGAGCACGGUUCCUUCGAUUUGCAAUAGGGGGUCAAAUGUUUCAGUUCGGGGUUCUUCCGUUUGGCUUGGCUUUGGCACCAAUAAUUUUUUUAAAGUUCAUCCAGGCAGCAUUGGAACCACUCUAGAGGACAGGAAUGAGACUGUUACAGUACUUGGAAGACUGGCUUGUCUGUGCUGCAUCACCCCUGCAGGUAAUGGAUGAAGCUCUUCACCUGGAGGAACACAUCACAUCUUUGGGGAUCACUGUGAACUGGGACAAAUGCAAGCUUGUUCCAUCGCAGUCAACCAGUUACAUAGACCUUGCUCUAAACUCACAAUGUCGGUUUACCUGACUUAAAAGAGAAUAGGGUCAAUUCUAAGAGCUAUGAAGAGGCUUCGGGUGGGUCACACUCAUUGCUAUGUGGCACUCUUGAGAAGCUCACAGCAACAGUAGUACCACUCUGAUAAUUGUGGCUCAGGCCAAUCCAGGGCUGGCAAUGCCUGUGUCUAAUACAAGACAAAUACACAAAAAUCAGAGUCACACAUCACUGCAUGCAAACACUAGCACCUUGGUCACAGCGGCAUUUUAUCCCCACAGGAGUUCCAUUAGGACCUGCACGCUGGGAAGUCAUAAGGACGGAUGCCGGGGGAGGGUCUGGCGCGUGAGAGGAGUGAAUGGCACCUGGAGAAGGGCUUUGUGCACAAUGCACAUAAAUGUUUUGGAACUGACAGCGGUAUUCCUUACCCUUUUGCUUUUUUAAACUGUUCUCAGGGGAAAGCAUGUCUUGGUGCGUACGGACAACAGAGUGCCCAUUUUUUAUAUCAAUCAUCAGGGAAGCACCAGGUCACAGAGUACCUACCAGGACAGCUUAAUCAGCUCCAGAUGCUCUCUCUCGUGACAGGGCGUUACAGGGAGAUUGCAGUCUACAUUCAGACGUAUGAUAUGGAGAACAUAUGGGACCGCUGCAGUAGAUGUGUUUGCAGACAGUCACACUUCUCACUGUCCUCUUUGGUGUUCCCCGAUGGACAAACCAGAAUCUCUGGGUCUGGAUGCGUUAGCCCAUGACUGGCCAGACGUGAUCCUAUAUGCUUUCCCCCCAUUAACACUGAUUUGGAAGAAUCUGUGUCAGGUGUGUGACUGCAGGCACUGUCUACUGUUAGUGGCUCCUCACUGGCCUGCAAGGGUGUGGUUUCAGACCCUUCUUUCAGUGUUAAUAGGGCCACCUUGACAUCUGCCGAACAGACCAGACCUAUUGAGUCAGUUAGAAAGGAGAGUUUGGCACCCACUUCCAGACCGGUUGAAACUGUGGGUGUGGCCUCUGGGCUCACCGGGUCUCUCUUGGAUUGUUCGCAGAGGGCCAAGGACACUGUUUUGAAUACACAUGUUGUGUCUACACAUAAGUUUUAUUCAUGUAAAUGGAAGGUAUCCUGUGAUUGGUGUUCUAUCCGUUAUAUUGAUCCAUUACAAUGUUCAGUGGGAUGCAUUUUAGAUUUCUUGCAACAUCUUUUGGAGCUUGUAUGUGGUGGCUUUAACAGCUCACUGGUCCGAGUUUGGUGCUUCUUCACUUGGGUCUGACCAGCUGAUUGUUUUCUACUUGAAAGGAGCUGAUCAUCUUUGUCCUCCACAGGCAGACCGGGGUCUGACAUGGGAUUUAAGUAUGGUGCUCAGUUCCCUGUGACAUAUAGAGCUAUAUCCUGUUAGGUCCUUGAGGACUUAAAUUGAUAGGACACCAGCCUGACAUAAGACGGUCCAAUUGUUUGAUUGUUUUAGUGAAAUGCGGAGAGAUGCUGCACUUUCUAAACAGACUGGCACACUGGGUGGCACAGGUUAUUUUACAUGCGUAUAAGUAAGCAGGAAAGUCUGCUCCCUCAUCUAUUUAUUGUCACUCUACACGUGCCUUGGCAACAUCUUGGGCAGUGUUAAAAGGGGUGUAGUUCUUUCAAAUUUGUGCAGCAGAAACCUGGGCUUUAUCAUGUAUAUGUUCAUGUUUUUACUGAUUGAAUGUGACUCCCUUGACAGCAGUGUGUGCUUUCUGCCUGCCCGGAUGCUUCUCAGGGGAUCCCUCAUGACUGUGUAGGUAUUUGUCUUCCACUAGUGCUUUCAGCAAUGCCUUUGCCGGUCUGGAGCGAAAGGAAAUAGAAUGCAGGUUACGAAAGUAACUGUGGUUCUAUGACUAAGUGGAAGACCGCCAAAGUCUCUGGUCAUGAAAAUGAUCUAAAAGAUAGAGGUGACGUGCUAAGGGGAAAUUAUAGUUCAUGGCACAUCACGAGUCACGAGGUGACAACUUUGUCAUUUGAUUCUCGGUCAAGCGUAAACGUGGGGAGUUUUCCACUGGUGCUUUCAGGACUGCCUCUGGUGGUCUUCCACUUAGUCAUAGAACCACAGUUACAUUUGUAACCAGAGUUUUUCUAGUUAAUGUGCUUUUGUUAACGUCAUCCAGCUGUGUGAAUGUUGUAUUGGUGCGGCUCAUGGUGCUGUUAUGGUGCUGCAAACUGUUGGUGCUCUAUGCUUUAGAUGCAUUAUCAGGGUGCUCAAACGGUUAAGACAUUGUUAACCAUUUAAAUGCACAUUAUCACUGAGGAUGGAGGUGUUGCAGGUCAAUCCUCUCUGAACAUUUUAUACUGCUCAACUGUACUGCUGAUAUGAUUAUAAAUAAAUGCAGUCAUGAUGUUUGCAAGA